GAUCAGCUGUUCUGCCCGACACGGAAUUGGGAUCUGGGGUCAGCAGUGGAGACGGACUGCGCAGGCGCAGUUUUCACCGACUUAUGGCAACCAAUGCGGGGGAGAGACGUGGGACGGGUCGUUUCGAUUCAGAAAUGAGUUGCAUUGAAAUCAUAGCGACCGUCGGCAGUAUAAUUCUCUUCAUUGUCACAUUUCCAAUAUCAGUCUUCAUGUCUUUCAAGAUUGUUCAAGAGUACGAGAGAGCAGUUAUCUUCAGAUUGGGUCGUGUGAGAACGGGCGGGGCCAGAGGCCCCGGUAUAUUCUUCAUACUUCCCUGUAUUGAUUCCUACUGUAAGGUGGAUCUGAGAACUGUGUCAUUUGACGUCCCCCCACAAGAGGUUUUGACUAGAGACUCAGUGACUGUUCAUGUAGACGCAGUUGUAUUCUACAGAGUUAGCAGCCCCACAAUGGCAACUAACAAUGUCGAAGACUUCAGUCAUUCUACGAGAUUACUGGCGGCGACGACCCUCCGUAAUGUGCUGGGAACACGCAACCUGUCUGAGAUUCUGUCAGAGAGAGAAGCCAUCUCACACAAUAUGCAGACUUCCCUGGACGAGGCUACGGAUCCAUGGGGUGUCAAGGUGGAGAGGGUUGAAAUCAAGGACGUGAGUCUGCCUCAUCAGAUGCAGCGAGCAAUGGCUGCUGAGGCGGAGGCAUCGCGAGAGGCUCGAGCCAAGGUGAUCGCGGCCGAGGGAGAGAUGAAGGCAUCCCGAGCGCUCAAGGAGGCCAGUGACGUCAUCACCGAGAGUCCCGCCGCACUGCAGCUGCGUUACCUGCAAACUCUGACCACAAUCUCAGCCGAGAAGAACUCAACGAUAAUCUUCCCACUUCCGCUGGACAUUGUCAAACCCUUCCUCAUGGGAAUGACCAAAGAAUAAUCAGCGCUUCAACUGCCUACACGCUUCCAAAGUGCUGACAAUGCACAAUCAGUCUACACGCUUCUACCGAAUGUUCAAACUAACCUAAUCUAAUAACGCAAUAAUAAUUGUUGCUGUGUUGUUGCAUAUCCUUUAUUUUCUACUAAUAGUUUCAAACUUGAGUUUUAAAACAGUUAUGAAUUGGAAAAUGCACUUACUAUUAGCAGUGACAUCGUCAGUCACGUCAUCAUUACGUCAAAUCAUGUAACAUAGUUAGCCAACGAUCGAAAGUGACGAUCGUUUCGACCUGGAGGAGGUCGAAAUUACAUCAGUUACACACACAUAGGUUUUGGACGUACGAUUUUUUGCCGCCCUUAUAAAUUCCAUUACAUUGAAUAGAGCUUCGUUUGCCAAGUAAUGUUGAAACUACUAGUAGAAAUUAUAUACGGUAAGGUCGGCCAAUAAUCGAACGUCCAAAAAUUGAUGUUUGUGUAACUGGCUUAUGUCUACUCAGUUUGCGUACAAACUUUUGAUUUAUCCUCUGUCAGUCUGCGUGCGUAUGUAUGUUUCUGUGUGCGUUGCCUCAUAACCCUUAUGCACCAUUUCUGUUUAAACGGAGGUGGAACAGCUGUUGGUUUAAACCCGGAACGGAACAUGUUGUUUCCAAAACAACAACGGAAUGAAACCAGUUUUGAAUUUCUUGAUUACAAACUGAUAUAGUUAUUGUAUUUCAUUAAGCUUUAUUACUGACUGAAAUGACUACUUUUAAUCAUAUAGUAUAAUAUAUAUAGUUUGCAAGUCGUCAUUUCAGUGAGAUCUUACUUGAUGAGAAAUUCUUAAAUGCGAUCAUGUCCUUUUUGUAAUAAUUGGUUAGAGUUUAAUGUAAGUGGUGCAUAAGGCCCUUAGCCUAGGUGAAAAUCUGAAACUGUUGUUCAGUAAUGCUUGUGUUCAAAGAGUUUAUAUAUUCUCCACAAUAUUAUAUCUACAAUUAAUACCUAACUAUAUUUACCUCUGCUACAAGCUAUGAAACCCAGUUCUUACAGAAUUCUGUUAAACAGCAAAUUUAUUAUUUCUUAUUAAUUAACAUAUCAAGUUGCCCUUUUGAAAUACGGUACUUUAUUAGAAAAUAUUUUUACUGUAUUAGAAUAGGCUAACCUUCAUCAAACUGUUUUACCAGUUGUACUUUUCAAUAGUAAACAGUUUGCUCCAACAGUAAAUUUGUAUUUCACUCGUCUAUUUUUAUGGUCUAUUCUUAUUGUUCAAUUUUUAUGGUUCACUUUAUCUAAUAUUGUUUGCUUUGCCAAAGAAUCAAUUUGUACGUUUCAAUAGUAAACAGUGAAUGUAUUAUUUUAACUGUUAAUAAUUUUUUAUUAAUUAUCAUAUCAAGUUGCCCUUUUGAAAUACGGUACUUUAUUAAAGAAAAUUUUUACUGUAUUAGAAUAACCUCCCUCAAACUGUUUUGUAUCUUGUAAGACCAGUUGUACGUUUCAACAGUAAACAGUUUGUUUUAGCAUGCAGUAAAUAUUUGUAAUUCACUCAUCUAUUUUUAUGGUCUAUUCUUAUUGUCCAAUUGUUAUAGUUCACUCUAUCUUAUUGUUUAUUUUGCCAAAGAUUCAAUUUCUAUGUUUCAAUAGUAAACAGUGAAUUUAUUAUUUUAACUGUUAAUCAUUUUUUAUUGAUUAUCAUAUCAAGUUGCCCUUUUGAAAUGCGGUUCUUUAUUAGAAAAUAUUUUUACUGUAUUAGAAUAAUAUCUCUAAAACUUACUGUUUUGUAUCUUGUAAGACCAGUUGAAGUUAGAUGUUUCAAUAGUGAACAGUUUGUUCUAACAUGCAGUAAAUUUUUGUAUUUCACUCAUCUAUUUUUAUGGUUUAUUCUUAUUGUUCAAUUUUUAUGUGUCACUCUAUCUUGUUGAGGUUUUACCAAAGAUUCAAUUUGUACGUUUCAAUAGUAAAGAGUUUGUUUUAACAUGCAGUAAAUUUUUGUAUUCCA